AUGGCUCCUAUAAUUCACAAGAAUCUCACCGCCCCCGAGUUGGUGGAGUGGGCUCUUAAGCUUGAAAAGGACUCCCAACUGACGGCUCGUGGCGCCCUGAGCGUACGCUCAUACGCAAAGACUGGCCGCUCUCCUCGCGACAAGCGUAUUGUAAACACCACUGACGUUACUGACAAUGUGGACUGGGGCAGCGUAAACAUGAAGCUGACCGAAGAAUCAUUUGAGAAACUGAAGACAAUCGCAAAGGAUUACUUCGCCACCUGCAAACACCUGUUCGUCAUGGACUGCUUUGCCGGCCACGAUGAACGGUACCGCCUGAAGGUGCGCGUGUACACGACCCGCCCUUACCACGCACUUUUCAUGCGCAACAUGCUAAUUGUGCCUACGUUAGAGGAGCUGCAGAGUUUUGGUGAACCGGACUAUGUCAUCUACAACGCCGGAGAGGCAAAGGCUGAUCCGACGGUCCCCGGUGUUACCUCAACAACGUCAGUGGCCCUGAACUUUAAGACCCGCGAACAGGUCAUUCUUGGGACAGAGUACGCUGGUGAAAUGAAGAAGGGUAUUCUGACUGUGAUGUUUGAAUUGAUGCCACGCAUGGGACACUUAUGCAUGCAUGCAAGCGCUAACGUGGGUAAGAGCGGUGACGUGACGGUCUUCUUUGGACUCAGCGGAACCGGCAAAACGACUCUCUCUGCGGACCCGCGCCGCAACCUCAUUGGCGAUGACGAGCAUGUGUGGACGGACCGUGGUGUGUUUAACAUUGAAGGCGGGUGCUAUGCUAAGGCGAUUGGUUUGAACCCCGAAACCGAGAAGGAUAUUUAUGAGGCUGUGCGCUUUGGCGCUGUUGCCGAGAAUUGUACUCUUGACAGGAGAACCCAUGAAAUUGACUUUAAUGAUGAAUCUAUCUGCAAAAACACCCGCGUUGCCUACCCUCUCAUGCACAUCGACGGUGCGCUUUCGAAGGCUGUUGCGGGCCACCCGAAGAACAUCAUUUUCUUGACGAACGAUGCCUUUGGCGUGAUGCCUCCCGUGGCACGCCUAACGAGUGCUCAAGCUAUGUUCUGGUUCGUGAUGGGCUACACGGCUAACGUCCCUGGUGUGGAAGCAGGAAGCGCUCGCGUCGCUCGCCCCAUUUUUUCCUCGUGCUUCGGUGGGCCAUUCCUUGUUCGUCAUGCCACUCAUUAUGGCCAGCAACUGGCUGAGAAGAUGGAAAAGCACAAUAGCCGCGUUUGGCUGCUGAACACGGGUUAUGCAGGCGGCCGUGCUGACCGCGGGGCUAAGCGCAUGCCUUUGCGCGUCACCCGUGCCAUCAUUGAUGCUAUUCAUGACGGUACACUUGACCAGGCGGAUUAUGAAGUGUAUCCCGGAUGGGGCCUUCACAUUCCUAAGAGGGUUGCGAACGUGCCCGCAAGCCUGUUGAACCCCCGCAAAGCUUGGACGGACCUGAAGCAGUUCAACGAGACGACGAAAGAACUUGUCACCAUGUUCCAGAAGAGCUUCCAAGACCGCUUUGCAUCGAGGGCGUCCGAGGAAAUGAAGGGCGCCGUUCCCCGCUAUGUUGAGGCUUCGCGUCUUUAA